CGUCGUAGCGCGGGGAAUUUCGAGUAGUAGAGCUGCGCGGGAGAACGGUGGCUAGCGGCCUGGUCCAGGAGCGAUGAUGGAGGGCCUGUCGGAGCCGCGGUGGCCUCCGGGGCUGGCGGCGAUGAAAACAAUAGAUGAUUUGCUGCGGUGUGGGAUUUGCUUUGAGUAUUUCAACAUUGCAAUGAUAAUUCCUCAGUGUUCACAUAACUAUUGUUCUCUCUGUAUAAGAAAAUUUUUGUCCUAUAAAACUCAGUGCCCAACUUGUUGUGUGGCAGUCACGGAGCCAGACCUCAGAAAUAAUCGCCUUUUAGAUGAACUGGUAAAAAGCAUGAGUUUUGCACGGACUCGCCUGUUGCAGUUUGCUUUAGAGUCACCACCCAUAUCUCCUGUGUCUUCCACCUCAAAGAAAGUUGUCAAAGUACAAACUGCUGGAGCCACUGGCCAUCCUGUCAAACAGGGAAGCAGGUUAAUGGACAAGUUCUUGAUCAGAGAAGCUGGUGAUUGUACAUCAGAGUUAUUGAAAAAAGAAAAUGACAGCAAAUUCAGCCCUCAAAAAGAGAUAAGCACGUCUACUGAGACCAAAGAGAUAAAUUUUGUAGGAAAGAUGGCACCUAGUUCCUCAGAUGCUAAUGGUCCUGUGACACCUUCAACAUCCACUGUGAAACCAGACACUAAAGUGGCUUGUCCUGUUUGCGGGGUUAAUGUUCCAGAAAAUCACAUUAAUAAGCAUCUAGACAGCUGCUUGUCACGUGAAGAGAAGAUCGAAAGCCUCCGAAGUUCUGUUCACAAAAGGAAGCCGCUGCCCAAAACUGUGUAUAACUUGCUCUCUGAUCGUGAUUUAAAGAAAAAGCUAAAACAGCAUGGAUUAUCUGUUCAAGGAAAUAAACAGCAGCUUAUUAAAAGGCACCAAGAAUUUGUGCACAUGUACAAUGCCCAGUGUGAUGCUUUGCAUCCUAAAUCAGUUGCUGAAAUAGUUCAAGAAAUUGAAAAUAUGGAAAAGACCAGGAUGCGCCUUGAAGCAAGUAAACUCAAUGAAAGCGUAAUGGUUUUUACAAAGGACCAAACAGAGGAAGAAAUAGAUGAAAUUCACAGUAAAUAUCGUAAAAAACAUCACAAUGAAUUUCAGUUUCUGGUGGAUCAGGCCAAAAAAGGAUACAAAAAAACUGGUGGAAUGUCAAAAAUGAAAGUAAUGAAAAAAGAUGAACCUAUAGAAAAGCUAUCUGUACACAUUGGAGAGGAAAAUGAUAAAAUGAAAUUCUCACAUAUGACCUCAGUAACAAGCUACUUCCCUCAGUCCAAGCUGGACUCCCCUGUGCAGUCAGAACCUGAGAGGCCAGAUGACUCCUCUAGUUGUACUGACAUUCUCUUCUCAUCAGAGUCAGAUUCGUGCAAUAGUUCCAGUUCAGACAUCAUAAGAGAUCUUCUGGAAGAAGAAGAAGCCUGGGAAGCAGCACACAAAAAUGAUCCUCAAGACAGAGAAGUAAGCCCACGUCAGAGUCGCCGCACAAGAGCAGCUGAACGUGCUGAGACUGAACCAAGGAACAAGCGGAAUAGGAAUUAGUGUAGAUUUUUGUCAACUAUACAGUGGCCAGAAUAUGGUACUUUUUGUUACCAUAUAUGGUUCACAUUGAGAAAUGCUCAAGGGGAGAUAUUUAACUGGGGACGUGGUAGUUAACUUAUUUUCAUUCUUCUCUCCUUUCUGGAAAAAAGAAAAAGUUAAUGAAAUGUCUCAUUUUGGUCAGUUGCUUCCUGCCUCUCACAUAUUUCUCCCUAAAAACAGAUUGACCAGCUUUGCACAGUAGACAAACUAUUUAGCAAAAGUAUUUCUUUGGUUUGAUUUCUCUUUUCAUUUCAGAAUGUUCUUAAAUCAUUUUUCAUUUUUCCGCUGGGGAACCAAUUCAGAAACAGGUUCUUCCCAUUCUCUUCACUAUAGCAAGCAGCUCCAAGCAUGCGUGCUGUCAGAACUGCCAUCAGUUCCUACGCCAAACCCCAGUGCUUACUGAUGGUUGUUGCCCAACUUCAGUGUAUUUGUUUGUUAGAACCACCCAUAUUUUAAAUACAGAGUAGGUUUAUAAUUUAAAGUCACAGAGUUACUAUUGUAAUUUAAAAUAAUAGUCACAAUAACUUUGAAACAUUUGUAUAUUCUUCUGAUAUUAUUUCUGUUAGUACUUUUCCAUGGGGUUAGUCAGAUCUCUAACACUUUGAAUCCCAGUUGUUAAACAGAAAUAAAAAAUUAAAUAAAUGGAUUUAUCAAUGAA